AUGAACGCAAUUCAAGGAACGAUUAAAUUGCUAAAAAAGGCUGUUACGUUGUCUUCUACGCGAUAUAAAAGUACGGCCUUUAAACUGGUAUACUCAGAUUAUGGUGAUCCAUCAAAUGUCGUUCGCUUAGAAAAAGAAGAAUUAGAUUCUCCGGGACCAGGAAAAGUUCUUGUUAAAAUGCUUGCUGCACCGAUAAAUCCCGCUGAUAUCAAUACUAUUCAAGGAGUAUAUCCCAUAAAACCACCAUUGCCUUCAGUUCCCGGUAAUGAAGGAGUGGGAGAGGUGCUCGAAGUAGGUGAAGGAGUCAAGAAUUUAAAAGUCGGUGAUAAAGUUCUUCCGAAAGAAAGAUCUUGGGGAACAUGGAGAUCUCAUGCCAUUGGUAAUGCAUCACAAUUUUUAAAAAUUCAUUCCGAUGUGAAUCUAGUCGCUGCAGCUACCAUGUCUGUCAAUCCGUGUACUGCAUAUAGAAUGUUAAAAGAUUUUGUCGAGUUAGAAGAAAAAGAUGUAGUCAUACAAAAUGGAGCCAAUAGUGCCUGUGGUCAAAGUGUAAUUCAAUUUUGCAAAAUUUGGGGUUACAUAACUGUAAAUGUCGUAAGAAAUAGAACAGAAAUAGAAUCGUUGAAGAAUCAGUUAAAGUCGUUGGGUGCAGAUUAUGUUUUAACAGAAGAAGAAGUUGCCACGACACAAAUAUUUAAAAAGGGAUUAAAAAAGCCUAAACUUGGUUUAAACUGUGUCGGUGGUAAAAAUGCAACUGAAAUGCUAAGACAUUUAGAUAAAAAAGGUGUUAUGGUUACCUAUGGAGGAAUGUCAAGAGAACCAGUUACCAUACCGACAUCAGCUUUAAUAUUUAAAGAUAUUUCAUUAAAAGGAUUUUGGAUGACGAGAUGGAUUGAAGAAAAUUCAGGUUCAUCCGAGCACACUGUUAUGCUCUCUGAAAUAGCAACGUUUAGUAAAAAUGGUAAAUGGCAACCGCCAGCUUUUGAAUUGAUGCCUUUGGACAAUUACAAAGAUGUUUUAGCCAAAGCAAUGCACGUUUCUGGAAAAGCUGGAAAAAAAUUUAUAUUCGAUUUUAGACAAAUCUCAAACAAUGAAGAACAAUAA